CUAAUCCUGACAGUACCCAUCGCAACUUCGUCGUGCGCCAACACAUUACCGCUCCGAUCCGCCGACCACACGUUCCAUUCGACGUUCUAAAACCGUGCGCAAAAUGGCGGGCGACGGCGUCGCGACGGCAGGCGUCAUGGGGCACGUUAUUGAACAGCUGUUUCCAAAAUGGUGUGUGUUUUAGUCGCGUGGAGUGUGUGUGAUGAGUGCGUGCGGAAAAAACGACAAUGAGGAGAACACAGCAGAGUCAAUUGCAGAUUGAUCACAGCGAUGAAGACUGCACUUCUUCUCCGUCGCAGAUUUUGGAGCGAGUCCAAUCAGACCGCGUGACAGUAACAAAACCCGAGGAGGAUCGCCGAAGACGAACAAUCAUAGUGGAAAAGAAAAAUGGCUCGUAUGGAUUCACCUUGCAAAGCUACGGCAUCCAUUACAAGAAGGAGCAGGAAAUCGAGAUGAUAACUUAUGUGGAUUACGUGGACUACGACGGCCCGGCCUACAGGGCCGGGAUGAGAGAAGGCGACGUAAUCUUGUCCAUCAACGGGACCGAUAUGGAAAAAGCCGACCACAAAACGCUAGUGAAUUUCAUCAAGAAUUGCGACACUAGGAUGAGGAUGGUCGUGUUGUUCGAGGACUGCGUACGCAAGGUGGAGCUCCAUAUGCGCUACAUCCAGCUACAGCGCGUCCUCCAAAGCAAGAUGACCGAACUGGAGAAGUUGUGCAUUCGCGAAAGACAGCUGCUGGAAGGUAAAUGGAAAACGCACAGUCUGCCCGCUCGAAAAAAGGCCUCGCAGAACACUAAUGGCGACCCCCCAACCCCCACACAAGCUGCCUAUUCCUACUGUAGACCGACGGUCUCUACAGAAGACGUAGCCAAAGUUCAGCAGAAACAACAGAAUCCGCCGCUGAUUUUCGCUUACCAGUACUUAGACCCCCAUUACAAGUACAUGCUGCAGCCUUCUGCCAGUAGUAGCGGAGAGUAUUUGCUAACUUUCGAGCCCUCGCGUUAUAGAGGAGAGCAACACCACUUUAUUGUCAAAACACCAUGCGAUGCGCCUCAGAAGCAGAACAGGGGCAACCAGACUAACGGAAAUGGGGUAGAAAAGCCUAAGAAGCUCCCCAGGUUUCUCCUCCUUGCUAAUGGCGCUUUUGCCCAGGUGCAGACUUCGUGUCACAGUUACGCCGGCCACUUGUGCAACCCCUGCAUGCAGUCCGGCAACAACGCGGACAAUACAAGUUUGGAAGCUUACGAUUUAGCGAGCCCAUGCUGUGAUCCUCACUGUGUGCCAUCAAGUAGGCGACGUUCGCGCAACCACAAAGAUCACCAUAGAAAGAGAGAUUCAAAGACUGAGGAAACGCAAACAGACCCUCAACAAACACCGCAACAACGAUCUCGUCCACAUUCCCAAAUCACGCAAACGCCACCUUCCAAUGUUCAGACGUACACGGUGCCGAGGAGAUACUUCCACUUCGGUACUGGUUUAGUCAGCCAAUGCAGUCUACACUCCUGUACUUCCAGCGAGCUGAGCGCCGUCGCGCCGACCACGAUGGGCGAGAGCUCGGCUAGUUAUACCACCUCGUUGAGCACGGACACGUUGUAUUGGGACGGCUCGUGUGACAUGAGUACCCCGAGACAGAUGAGCGUCAAGUCGGCCAGCAGCAAGCACGAACAUCAGCAGAGGUACACUCAGCCGCCUCAUCCCCACGAGCCCGUCUACGUCCAAUACAGCGCCGUCAAGCCCAAAUCCUGGGACAAUCUAGCGACCAAAGCCUUCGGGGGCUACGGUUUCGGCUACGGGUACUUGGACACCUCGGGCAAAUGCACGAAGACGGCCAAUCGUACCCAGAGCAAGAACCAGAGCACUCAGUAUGUUCGCGUCGAUAAGCACACUUCCACGAAUUCGACGCCACAGCCCCAGUACACUCCACACACCCAUCGGCGGUAUUUUCAACCUACUAAAUCCACGGAGAGUCUUCUCUCCGUCCCUAAGUACUCCAAUGAGGCUCUGUCCGACUCUAGCGCCUCCUGCGAGUGCCUCGACGCUUCGUCUCCCGCUCCUGAGACGGUGGAAACUAGGUUCUUCCAGAGUCCCAGGCAGAGCAUCAGUGUUAGCCCCACUGAUCCCAAUUUUGGGUACUACAGUGCGGCUAGGAGACCUUCGAAGGUCAUUUCCACGAGCUCAGAAGCCACUAGGUUGUAAUUAUAAUUCAAUUAAAUUUUAUGCCUCUACAGUGUUUUGGGGGUUGGUUCAAGGUUCGGGGGGAGAGGGGGUUUGGAUUUGGAAUAGAGGUUGCAAUUAAGACAACGAAAAUGUUUAUCGGUUUUUUAUUGUCUAGGAAGGUACAUUGAUAUCAAUUUUGACUGGUAGCGGUUGCCAGGUCAAAGAUGACGUAGUCAAUACUCAUCGUAUUGGGUAGUUCUGACUAGUUGCCUAGAAUUGUGGAAAUCAGUUAUCGUUAUUAGUUAGCUGAUAAGAAACAAUUACCAAAGAACUAAUUACUAUUUGGUUACUUCAGUAGUAGAGGUUUGGACACGGACGAAAACCGGUACUCAAACCUUAAGCUACAGUACUCAGUAGAGGAACAAAUCCAAUUAUCGUUUUGAUUCAUAUAUAUUUUCUGUAAAAUCUUAAAACAAGAUUUAUAAAUUUAUUUAUGGGUUUACAUUUUGAAAUAAGUAAGGUACCUUAGUGAUUUAAAGAUUACAAUACAGGGUGAGCUAAAAAUACGAACAAAAAAGCCAAUCUUUUCCACACUGAAGGCCUCAACAUUUAAAAAUAUUUCAUAUAUACGGGUGUUCCUAAUGAAAUGUCAUUUCUUUUUUUGAUGUGUCAUAGUAAGGACACCUGUACAUAUGGAAAUAUUUUUAUAAGAAAAGUUUGUGCCAGUCCUGUUUUUAUAUCAAUGUUUUAGAAAAUAUCUCACCGCUGACCACCCUGUGUAUUUUGGAAAUGUAGAACCCUAGAUACCGUAAGACCACUUGACAGCUAGUGGUACGACCACAACGUGACACCACUAAUCGGGUACUUUUGAGCCCUCAGUCCCCAUUUUUAAGCGCGAUUUUCUAGCCCCUCGAAGUCUUGAAGGUUUCCGAAAUACCUGUAUAUCCACCCCGAGGCCUUAAGAUUUUUCUAUCGAUGGUUCAACCUCAUCUAGAUUCGUGCUUAGAUAGUUUUGAUAUUCUCGUUUUCAAGCUCAAUUUAGAGUACUUCUACUAUAUAUCUAGCAGAUCAACCAUCUCAGCACCCCCUUUUUUCAUUCAAUAGGUCGCAUUGCUUAUCAAUCAAAAGAUACUCAUAAAUCGAUUUAAUUGAAUUAUAACGUUAUGCUUUUUUUGCUGAAGAGGUUUAUGAAUGUGAUAUUAGUUACUUACACAUACCAAAGUAAUCAUUUUAAUUAAGGUGUGCAGGAGAGCAUCCUGUGAGAGUCGAUGUAGUUUUUCUAAGUUAUUUGUCUUGAUUUUAUUUUUGUUAUCGUCUUAUUUUUACAUGAAUGAAGUUGACAAUAAAUUUUGUUGAUUUUAGAUGAGUAGGUUUUUUUACGAGGAUUUAUUUUAUACCAAAAAUAUUCAUAUCAUUUCUAGAUGAAUUAACGCAAAAAUGUUUUCAUUUGACGAUUUGUCAAUUUUAUAUAAUAAACUGUUGUUUUAUA